AAUAGGCUCGGGUCCAUGUGCGUGUAAAGAGCCAGAAAUUUCUAGCAUAGCGUUUUGGAAUGACUGCAUUUCAUGUUUAUAUUUUAAAAGUCUCCUUAUUUCACUAAGAGCAUCUAAAUAACUACAGGGUUUAAUUAACGAUGUCGGUAAUAGGAGAGGAUGGAGUACGUGGUGGCAUGUUUAAAGAUAUUAAUGCUGAUGAUGAAGACGUUCAGCCAACUGAAAUUGAGAGCUUGUGUAUGAACUGUUAUGAAAAUGGUAAAACGCUUCUUCUACUCACUAAAAUCCCCUUCUUCAGAGAAAUCAUCAUCAGUUCUUUUACAUGUCAUCACUGCCACUGGACCAACACAGAAAUACAGUCUGCAGGUCGGAUACAAGAACAGGGAGUCUCCUAUACUCUCCAAGUCAAGUCCAAAGAAGAUAUGAACCGUGAGGUUGUGAGGACGGACAGUGCCACUACAAGAAUUCCUGAACUGGAUUUUGAAAUUCCUGCAUUCACACAGAAAGGCUCUCUGUCCACUAUUGAAGGACUACUCGACAGGGCAGUAGCAGGAUUAGAACAAGACCAACCAAUACGGCGGGCAACCGAUCCAGAAGUAGCUGACAAAAUUGACCAAUUUAUUCAGAAGCUGAAAAAACGUAAAGACGUUGAAGAAGAAUUCACGCUGAUAAUUGAUGACCCUUCAGGAAACAGUUUUAUAGAAAAUCCACUUGCACCACAGAAGGACCAAUCUCUCACUGUUGUUUACUACAAGAGGACGCCUGAGCAGAACGUUGCCCUCGGAAUACAGGAAAGUGAACCAGAGCCAGAGGAAAAGCCCAGUAAUGAUCUGGAGACCAUGAGGAACGAGGUGCUGGUGUUCAGCACCAACUGCCCGGAGUGCAAUGCUCCUGCCUCUACUAACAUGAAACUUGUCCAAAUCCCACAUUUUAAAGAAGUUAUCAUCAUGGCCACCAACUGUGACAGCUGUGGACAUCGAACUAACGAGGUAAAAUCAGGUGGAGCCACAGAGGAACUGGGAACCAAAAUUACUCAUCAUCUAACAGACCCCUCAGACAUGUCUAGAGACCUGCUGAAGUCAGAGACGUGUAGCGUGCUGAUUCCAGAACUGGAGUUUGAGCUGGGCAUGGCAGCACUAGGAGGCAAGUUUACUACUCUGGAAGGGCUCCUCAAGGACAUUAAAGAUUUAAUCGUCAUGAAAAACCCGUUCCUGUGUGGGGACAGCUCUGCCAUCGACACAGCUCAGAAACUCAAGCAAUUUGGGGAGAAGAUUGACAAGAUAAUGUCAGGAGAGAUGAAUGUCCACAUCAUCCUGGAUGAUCCAGUGGGGAAUAGUUACCUGCAGAAUAUUUAUGCUCCAGAUCCUGACCCUGAGAUGAAGAUAGAGAAAUACAGCCGAACAUUUGAACAGAAUGAGGAGCUGGGACUGAACGACAUGAAAACUGAGAAUUACGGUGAGGCACAAAAGUGAGGAUGAACGAUAAACCAGCAGCCAGAUCAGAAGUGUUAGAAAUGGAAAGCAACUGUACCAGUUUCAACUUUUUAAGUUAUUGCAAAGUAGAAUUUUUGUUUGAAAUUUGGCUGAGAAAUAUCCUAUGAUCAGGGUAUAAAUUAAAUUAGAUGUCUUGUUAAAUGUGAUUUAAUAGCCAGAUUGUUACUGAACUGAGUAAACUGAGUAAUAUUAACUACAGACUCUUAUUUAACUAGCACUUCAUUUGCAUUUAAUGCUUGUCUUAUGAUUAUGAAUGCAUUUUUUGAUUUAAACGUAAUUGGUAAUUAAAUAACCAACUGUACAUAUGUACAUGUGUCAAUAAAGUUGUCUAUCAGUGA